AGUCUCACUUUAUUUUUCUCCUAGAACUUGGAAUUAGUUUUACUAUCACCGACAAGAUGAAGUCCCUUCUUCUCGUUGCCAUUCUCUGUUUAACCUUAGUCUCAACUGGAUACGGUGUACGAAGAAAGUUUCAUGGUCGGUUCAGUCGCUAUCCAAGCUACCACCACGGUGGGUACAACAGGCAUUACUACCAUGGACGACAUAACUAUUACGACCAUGAUGAUUAUUAUGGCUAUGGUGGAUAUAACGGGUACUAUGACUACCCCUAUAAGAGACACAGUUACUAUGACUACGGAAAUUACGGAUACAAUAACCAUGGAUACAAUCAUCGUGGAUAUGGUGACUAUGGAUACAACGGAUUCGGAUCAAGGGGAUAUUAUUAAGGAAAUACAUAUGAGAGGGAUGACCCAAAAUGGCUGUGAAAAAUGAGAAUAAAGGGAGAAAGGGAUAUAUUUUGAUAAAUAGAAUUUAUUGUCUUUUCAAUAAAUGUCCCAUUUGUAUA